CACGGCAAUAACUUUUAUUCGAUAAUACUCGAUACUAUCCUGUAUUCAUUAAGGCUGGAAAGCAAUCGGAGCAAGGUCCGAAGCCAUGGAGACCACUCAGAAUGGGAAGUUAACAUUCGGCAUUGAAAUUGAGAUCCAUAUUCCGGUCCUUCAAGCACCGGAGCAUGACUCCGUGCAGGAGCGGCUAGGCUUUCCCUCCGAUGAUUGGUAUAAGAGGAACUGUCUGUUCUAUAGCUCCAAGGAUGGCAGAAAAAUACCCGUCGUUCGAGAUGACGUGAAGGUCAGCUCGGAAGCUCGUCGAUUUGUAUGGGAUCAGCUUCUCGUGCUUUUCAAAGAGACGAUUGAAAGGCCUGCCUCAGGCUGUAGCGCUCAAGAUAUUGAAGUUGUUACUGCGGAGACCGAGCACCCAAGGGCCACUUUCGAGCCUUUGGAGGCUACGAGCAGCACAUUGAACAUGGAGAACAACGUAUUGGGGAAUUUCAUCGAUGGGCAUUUCGAAGUUUAUGAAAAAUGGACUGUCUGCAAGGACGAGAGCGGUUGUUGGUAUCGGGGAUCUGACGGUAGUUUGUUUCAAGAGGCCAAACUACCACCCGUAGGCCCACAGCGCUACUCUUGGUUCAGCAUUGAAAUCAAAAGCAAAGUAUACGAGGAGCUUUCCGCCUUGGAGGAUGGCCUGAAGAAGGUUUGCGAGCGAAUUCGCUCGCGAUUCCUAGUUUCUGUCAAUUGCGGCCGCAAACAUAACAUGUCAAGUGUUCACGUUCACGUUGGCAGAACAGGGUAUUGGAAUCCAAAUUAUGAACCUUUCAACUUGGUUUCGGCCAAAAAGGCGGCCACUAUCAUGUAUCUUCUGGAGCCAGCCCUGAUGGAAAUGCACGCGUCUUGGAAGUCGAAGAAUUAUCGAUACGCCGCACUCCUUCGAGGUUAUACCCAUCUUGGGGAAUUGUGCACACCUUCGAUAGACGUCAAUAGUCCAGACCUACCUAUUGACGCGGAAAUGAACCCAGAGGAUACGGCAUAUGAGCCAAAUGAUUUCGACCUGAGUCGCGCUCAACUUGGUAACAUGCAGUUAUGCUUGGGCAUGGGAAUGCCUCCCGGAAGACAUAAAUCCUCAACUGAGCUGAUCUGGGGAGCCAAUGGCCUGACUCAAUUAGCUUGGCUUUUAUCAUGCCGUGAAGGAAGUCGACGAGGAGCACUCGCACUCCACGGCUUGAUUACGACUAGAAAAGACGUCAUAAAGUCCAGGCGCUUGAAUACCAUCGAGUUCCGCCAUAUGCAAGGGUCUUUGGAUGUGAUAGAUAUCAUGAACUGGGUCCGGAUUGUUGGGAAGAUUAUGGACAAGUCUGUCAUGUACUCUGAUAAGGCUUAUGAGAUCAUGUUUGCGAAGCUUAUCUCUUUGGAUAGGCCAUGCAUUUCUGAAGUUGCCAACGUCCUGGGCCUAAGCCUCGCUGUGAAGCCCAAGGAGCAGAUCGAACAGGAAUAUUCCCUUCCAGAAGUUCCCGAAGAAGGUGAUGAAAGGGGUUGGAAGCGUAUGGCGUCGCUGAUGUUCCUUCCGAAAGCCUCCGGACCUGGGGCUUACUUGCGCCUAUUGUGACCUCUAGAACAGGCGAAAAGGAGAGACGAUGUAUAGGGGCGGAGGUACCACAAAAAGUUUUGGGAAAAUAGACGGUUUGUUACAGUCGAUAGAUACACGAAUGAGAUAGAGCGACUGGUUUAUGAAUUUAUUUAACUUUCCGCCACAUUCCUAUAAAUGCCUAGGUAGUGGAUUUAGUUGGCCUUGCCUCCCACUUGAUCCAGGACGUAUGGUUCACCGUCAAUUUUCUUCCAAAUCGGGUCACUCUUAAGCCUCAUAUACCAUUCGUGGAUUACAGGAUGGACUUCUGUCCAUUUUUUCGCGAAAACCUAGUACAUGUUAGCUUACUCAGAUAUACAGACAAUAUUUAGGCAGCGUAGAUAGGG